AUGGCUUACCGGUUCACAGAAGCAGAACUCGACGUGGUCAAAGAGGCCUUCACACAUUUUGACGCGGACGGCGACGGGGUGAUCACUUCGUCGGAGCUGGGAGACGUCAUGCGCUCGCUUGAGCACGUGCUGGUCAACCUGAGGGAGACGUUCACGGACGAGAAGGUGGAGGAGAUGAUGAGACAGGUGGACGCCAACUCAGAUGGGAAAGUCACCUACGAGGAAUUUGAGAAGCUGAUGGUGGCCAGAGACCCCCGAGGCCCUGCACUCUAG